AUGGAACCCACAAGCCCUCCAAAGUCCCAGCCGCAGCCGCUGCACAACUUCGACCUGCCGCUCCUCAAAUGGAUAACUACUUCCAGCUCGAGCGAGGGAGGCGGCGGCCACCACCAGCGCCGCCGCUCGGUCAAAUCACCGUCCGCAAGGCCGGGCGGGUCCUCCUCCGCCUCUUCAGCUCGCCAGCCUCCGCCGCCGCGCGAUUCCAUUCCUCCUCCUCCUCCGCCGCCUCCGCUUCCGCCGCUCGGCCAGUCGCCGCUGCGUGAAUCCGCGGCGCUGCCGCUCCACGAGUCACCGAUCCGUGGGGAUAUCGUGGUUAAGCAUUCUCCUGUGCGGGGAGAAUCGCCCCGGCCAUCUCCUGCUCGAGACAGCCAUCUGAAGAACUCGCCGGUCGACAGAGAACUGGAGAGGUUGUCCUCGAUCCGUGAGGAUGCCCUGCGGCAGUUCGUGACCGGCUCGGAGGCAUGGGCAAAGCAAACUAAGGCUGCUCCAAUUGUGUACCGCGGGAAGCAUUCAAGGUAUUCCUCCUCGAGUAGCAUGAAGAUUUGUUCUUCGAGUGCCGAAAAGGCUAAGGAGAAAGUAGAAGAGAAAAUGGAGACGAAACUUAAGGCGGCCGAAGACGAUCUGCCCCCGGCUGUUAAGAAAUCGAAAAUCCUGAUAAAAAUUCCUAACAUGAGCAAAAAAUUGAAGGAGGAAAAUGCUAAGGAAGAGGCCCUAAAGAUGGCUGAUGACAGUGGAACUGAGAAGAAGUUGAAGGAGGAGGGAAAGGACAAAGAUGUUGAAUUUGAGGCCAAAAUUCCUGAUGACGUUGAUGAUGAGAUAAAGAUUUGGAAUUUGAGGCCGCGAAAGCCCAAAUUCAAGACACAAAAUGCAGCUUUUGGUGCAUUCGGUGCAGAAUAUGGUAAUGUGUCUGGAAAUACUGGAAAGGCUAAAAAAACUGAGUCACCCUUGAAGAAGGCAAAUAAAUCUGGGGAAAAGGAUUCAAAUCAUGUUGACGGUGCUGAGGAGAAGGAGAAGGACAAGGACAAGGACAAGGAGAAGAAGGAGAAGAAAGGGAAGAAGAAACUGAGCAUCUUUAUUGCUCUAACAAAAGAGGAGAUUGAGGAGGAUAUUUAUGCUUUCACUGGAUCAAAGCCAUCAAGGAGGCCAAAGAAGAGGGCCAAGAACAUUCAGAAGAAAGUGGAUGCUGUGUUUCCUGGACUGGGUCUUGUUUCAAUAACACCAGAGUCUUAUAAGGUGUCUGAGAACUACAUGAAGGGUUAGAUGCAAUGAGAAGAAGAUGUAUAUGCCCCUCAGUUGUUCUUUCUGGACGAAUGAGGCGCCCGGCUUGUAAGGUCCGUCGCUAAAAAGGCUGUUGGAGAGAAAGAUAUGGUUUUGAAGAGUGGUUAAAAAAAGCAGGUGAUGCAAGAAGACAAUGAUUUGCCAGGUGGCCGGCCUAAUGUCUCUCGAGCUUAAUCGAGAUGAGAUUUCAGAUGACCUGUUUUUGCUGAUGGGAAAAGAACCUUCUCGAAAGUUCAACAAGACAGGGAAGAAUGUCCAUAACUUGGUUGAUGUGGAGAAUUAUUGUCUUAUUCAUCAAUUAUUUUGAUUUUAUAUAUGUCUUUUAUUUUUCUUUUCCUAACACUAAGGAUUUUUGCAGCUACUUUUUCCUGGUGGAUAUUUUGAUAAGGGCACAGUUGGCCUAUAUAAACUUUCUGCAGAGAAGAGGAUGCCUUGCAGGUGACAGGAGCUAUGUGAGUAUUUUGGGGCACUUUUAUUUUUUGUCAUUUCAUUUCUAUAGUAUUUAUGUUUGUCAAGCUACAUUUGUCAACACUUUUUGAUGAGUUACUCGGCCUUGUUAUAAAAUUUUCAUUUUACAUGUAAGUAUAUUUUCUAGAUGGAUU